AAACAUAAAUGCCCAAUAAAUCUGACCAAUCCGCUGACUGAGGGGAGGAGUUGUGAGAGUACUUGUAGUUAAGUUAGUUCGGCCUCUCAGACACUGACAAAACAGUUGCGCCUUCUUCCUCAUUUAGUCGUUGACGGGUUGUGUUGCUGAGAACAGAUCAAUCGGAACCAUGAGAAAGGACCCCAAAAAACCAAGAGGCAAGAUGACCUCUUAUGCUUACUUUGUGGCGACCUGCCGCGAGGAGCACAAGAAGAAACACCCUGGUGCUGCUGUAGCCUUCACCGAGUUCUCCAAGAAAUGCUCCGAGAGAUGGAAGACCAUGUCACCCAAGGAGAAGGUUAAGUUCGAGGACAUGGCGAAGAACGACAAGAUUCGCUAUGACCAAGAGAUGAAAUCAUACGUCCCACCUAAAGGUGAGAAGGGCAAGAAGAAGAAGAAGGACCCCAAUGCACCCAAAAGGCCACCAUCUGCUUUCUUUGUGUUCUGCUCUGACCACCGUCCCAGGAUCAAGGAGGAGAACCCUGGCAUCUCUAUUGGUGAUAUUGCCAAGAAGCUCGGCGAGUUGUGGUCUACACAGAGUCCCAAAGACAAGGCUCCAUAUACUGCCAAGGCUGCCAAACUGAAGGAAAAAUAUGACAAGGAUGUUGCUGUCUAUAGAGCCAAAUGUGGUUCAGGAAAGAGUGAUGCGGGUAAGAAGAGCGGCCCAGGCAGGCCCUCUGCCAAGAAAACCGAACCAGUUGAUGAUGACGACGAUGAUGAUGAUGACGAUGAGGAGGAAGAGGAGGACGACGAUGAGGACGAUGAUGAUGAUGAAGAUGAUGACUAAGCGUUUAUAUAUGUUAAAAGGAUGUGAAUUUUGCAAUGCAUUGUUCAGCUUAACUCCAGAUGUGUUUUGUUUUUUUUGUGUGUGUGUGGAUGAUUCCAACAGGUGUAGCCUACUGUCCCCAUUGGCCUGCCUCUAUUAGAUAUCAACAGGUUCCUUUUCAAAUUCAGGGAUUUAGUUUUUAUUUUGUCACCUAGUCCCCCAUGAUUUUUUUUUUAUUUUUUUUUUGAAAAACAUUUUUAUGCCCAGCUUGGCUUUAUUACAUCUUUGAUCCUUGUUGCUAUCUAAAUAGGCAACCAGAUGUGGACUUCCUGUGAUAAUACGAAGGGAUUAAAUUCCUGUAGAGGCAGUGGAUAACAGCAGAUUGUUAAAGUUUUAAAAAUGUAUUGUUUCUGGAAGCACUGCUUAUGUUUUCUGUUUAGUGGUGCAGUUUCUUCACUGUCAUUUUUACUACCAGGGGUUUUCUGUAGUUUUGAAGAGGUUUGCAGCAAUUUUAAUGUAUAACUUUGGAAUUUUCAUGUAGAACGAAUUUUCAUUUUGUAAUAAAAUUUUGUAUAUUGAU